GUUGUCCACUUCCUGGUAGCAGAAAUCAUGUGAUAAUAUGACGCUUCCUGAAGCGCUUUAGUUUCACGCUUCACUUUUGCUCUACGAGACAACAUUUACCAACAGCAAAAUUCCCAAAUCCGCAACGGGUCGUUAUGGCUGACGGGGAAAGAUCGCCUUUGCUGUCGGACAGUCGCGACGGAGUUAACGGGCAAAGUUUCCCAGCAUUUCCAUCAGCACCUCCACCGCCCUCAGUAAUGUUGGGAGAGGCUCCUCCACCAUACUCCUCGUUGGCCUCUCCGGAGAGUGGCAGCGAUCCUAUCAUCAGCUGCCGAGUGUGUCAGGCGCCUAUCUGCGUGGAGGGCAAGAUCCACCAGCAUGUAGUCAAAUGUAGCGUCUGCAAUGAGGCUACACCAAUAAAGAACGCUCCGGCGGGAAAGAAAUAUGUGCGUUGUCCAUGUAACUGUCUUCUUAUCUGCAAAGUGACAUCACAGAGGAUUGCCUGCCCACGCCCUUACUGUAAACGCAUUAUUAAUUUAGGGCCAGUACAUCCUGGGGCCGUGACUCCAAACCCUCAGCCCAGCGGUGCCAGAGUUUCAUGUGGCCAUUGUGGAAACACUUUUCUGUGGACAGAGUUUACAGAUCGGACAUUGGCACGCUGUCCACACUGCAGAAAAGUCUCAUCCAUUGGCCAGAGAUACCCUAGAAAGCGCAGUCUGAUUUGUUUCCUGUUGUGUUUGAUCUUCACUAUCGCAACAGCAGGACUGAUGGCUGGUACUUGGUGGAAGGCACGCCAAUAUAAAGGGAUUUAUUCAUCCUGGGUUAUCUUCAUCGUUCUGGUUCUGAUCACUUUGGUCCGAGCACUACAUUGGGCCUGCAUGAAGAUCAGUGAACCGCUGCACAACUACUCAUAAUAGGAAAGAAUAAAGAGGAGGUACUGUAGAAAGCGUAAGAGGCAAGAGUCCAAAUCAGGGAGUCAGACAAAACAAAGACUUGAGAUUGAAUCAUGUUUUGUUUAUGUGAACACCUUAAGGAAUAUUUCGGAAAGUGCUUUAGACUAAAUAGUAGACAAUGAUGAAGUCGAUUUUUUUUUUUAGCGUAAUAUGAUGCUGUUUUAACUUUUUGAGGUUUGAUGGAUGUUAUUCAGUGGAUGUAUUGUAUGGCAAUUAUUGUCUGUAGUCCAGACUUUGACCAAACCUUUCUGCACAGGGUAUUCAUUUACUAACUACAGAAAAAUGAUACAAAACCUAUCCAAAUAUCCAACAUUUUCCAUGAUAUUACAAACAUUGGUUAUGUAGUUAUAUGGGAGCAUUAAACAAGUCCCUAUUUGCUAUUGAGAAGUGCACCUGCAAUAAUUCAAUAGAGGUAUUAUUCAAUAGUAAUACAGGCAAAAAUUACAAUGCCAUUUAGCACAAUUUUUACUAUUUUAACAUUAGCUUUGUAAAGAUGUCUUGUUUAACCUUUGCAAAACUGCACGUAGAACCACUGUAUGUGAUUAAAUGUAAAUAUUUAUGGGCAUACAGUACAUCAAAGACAACCGAUUAACUAUUAAGAUGUAAAUAAACCAAAUUACCAAUCUAAUAGGUUUAAUUCAAGCUGGAAUGACUUUUAACGUGUAUAUAUAUGUACAAUGCAUAUACUACAUGAAUGUAGAUACACACACUGAAACCUGCACCAUCUUUAUGUUGUAUUUAAUGAAUUAGUUUAUGAUUUGUUUACAUUGUUUUGCAGCUGUACUGUGCAUUUAUUCAUUCGAUUAACACUUUGUGUUGGAAAUGUUUAUGUUCCUUGUUGCACUACAUUUUAGCUAUACAGCUAACAGAUCUCACCCAUGUCGAUUGAUUUUGUGUUUGAUUAUUUUGUACAUUCAUUUGUGACUAAAAUAUUUUAACUA